GCUCCGAUGCUUAGUUAUUAACUCUUAGUUCGCGAAAUGAAGGUUUAUCGCGUCUUUCUUUACUGUGUUGUGGUCAUUAUAUGUAUCUCUAAAGUCGAUGGUGCUGAACAAAAUAUUCCUAAUUCAUCGUUCAUCGGUGCUGAGUAUCAGCUGAUAGCAGCCAGGCUGGAUGAUCUUCAGAAAACGCUGACCGAGAUAAAAUUAGCAAUGAAGGAAGAACGAGCCACUACUGAGAGAAAGCUACCUGAUGAGUUGAAUCUACUACAGCAUGCUAUAUUCGACAAGCUGACCACCCUACAGAAUCAGUCCAAUAAAAUGGUCAUUGAGCAAAUAGCCAGCACUACUCAGGAACAGAGCAGGAAGGAAAUUCAAAACCUGGCAUCGAAGGAAGAUCUUGCCCUGUUCAAGAUAGAUCCAGCCUUAUAUUUUCGCAGUAUUUCGACUCGAUCGUGCAAGGAAGAGCCAUCGAAUCGCACAGGAGAGUUUUUGAUACAACCUACUCAAAACGAUGAACCUUUCCUGGGAUAUUGUGAACAGACUACGUUCGGAGGAGGUUGGUUAGUGUUCCAGUAUCGUUACGAUGGAUCCGUCGACUUUUACCGUAACUGGACCGAGUAUCGACACGGGUUUGGCAGCAUGGAUGGAGAGUUUUGGCUCGGGCUGGAGCAGUUACACCGUUUGACGGCGGCUCGGAAGCACGAGCUUUUGGUGGAGCUGAAACAUUUUAAUGGCAGCUAUAUGUACGCACGGUAUGAUGAAUUUGAGAUUGGCAAUGAGAAGGAUCAAUAUCCGCUGGCGAGGCUAGGAUCGUACACCGGAACAGCCGGCGACUCAAUUAGCAUCCACAAGGGCAUGAAGUUUUCGACCAAGGAUCGGGACAAUGAUAAAAGUGAUGAAAGUUGUGCUAAGGUAUGGAAAGGAGCAUGGUGGUACCAUACAUGCGGGUUUGCUAAUCUUAAUGGAGGUUUUAAAAAUGGUAAUGAUCAAACAUCCAUGCAUUGGUAUAAAACCAAUUUUAUGGGAAUGGCAUACUCAAGAAUGUCGAUUCGCGAGAAGUAACGGUUAGUUACAAGCAUCCAUUCCGAGACUAGAACGUUUUAGGCCGCGGGGCAAUGGGUAUUCUCAACGCUCAUUUUAUCAAGCACUCAUGAGUGCUUUUGAGAAACCCUCGUUCUCAGCGUUUGUCGAAUCGGAACAAAAUCGGUUUUGAGAAUCUUUGAGAAUCUUUGAGAAAGAUGAGGAUGCAGCGAUUGGCUUAUUGAAAUAGGAGCAAUUGUGCUAUUCGUUUUUCGGUAAUCACUUUGGACAAUGUAUUCAAUGUUUAUAAUUAAAAAAGUUAAAAAAAAAAUGCGAUUAAUACAUAUUUUCUAUUUAAAGCUUCAAACAAAGCUUGAGUGGCUAUAUCAGUUUCUCAGAGUGAGAAAAAUAGACGACGGCCACGGGCUCGCGCCUGAGAACAAGUUUUGAGUGCUUUAGAAACUUAAAUGAGUGCUUGAGAAUGUUUUCUCAGCUUGAGAAAGCCCCGUGGCCCCGCGGCCUUAGACGCUUUUUUUCCAAUGCACCGAUCAUCGAUAAGUUAAGUUUUUAUCGCUACAAGUUACGUUAAGUUAAAGGAAUAAUUGGAAUACAUACGAAGUCGUAACAGGAAGUUGGCAAAAGGAAAAUGUAUUAUGUUAAAGGUGACGAUGAAAGGUUUGUUAACAAGUCGACGGCACAAAAUUACCAAACCAAUAUUUGAUCGAGACACAAUUGAAAACAUCUUAUGCAAAACCGCUCCUCCUGAAAAACGUUAUUGUAUCGUAUCGGACUACUGUCUGCACACACUCUUGUUUUACCGAGAAUA